AUGGGUCAAGCCAAAUCAGCAUUCCUACGCUCCACAUCUGCUGGAGCAUCGGUGUCGAUGGUAUCCGCUGAGAAAGUAUCAGUGGAUGCACCAACCGUUCUCGUCACGGAUUCUACUGUCAAUCUAUCGAGGCUGUGCGAGUGCAGUCGAGUGUUUCAGUACAUGCACAAUGGGAAAAUGCCUCGAGAUUUGCUCAUGCAACAAAUAGCGAAUGUUGACGCACUGUAUUGCAUGGUUCGUGAUAAGAUUGAUAAAGAGGUGUUGGAGGCAGCAAAGAAUCUAAAAAUUAUCGCCACAAUGUCGGUUGGCUUCGAUCAUAUCGAUAUUGAUGAAUGUAAAAAGAGAAAUAUCGUUGUAACGAAUACACCUGAUGUGUUGACUGAAACUACUGCCGAAUUGACAGUCGCAUUAUUGCUUGCAACUGCACGUCGAUUGUGUGAGGGUGUUGCCGACGUGAAGAACGGUCGAUGGGGAACCUGGGAGCCAUUUUAUAUGUGUGGUGUUGGACUGUAUGAAUCGACGAUUGGCGUUAUUGGCUUAGGACGAAUUGGUUGUUCGGUUAUUGAGAAGUUGAAAUCGUUUCAUCCGAAUCGCAUCGUCUAUAAUGAUAUUCAACCGAUUGAAAAACGAGCUUCACAGUUGGGCGUAAAAUAUGUGAAAGCGGAUGAACUGCUGAGCGAAAGUGAUUUCAUCGUAAUGACAUGCUCGAUGAAUGCAUCAAAUCGACAUUUCAUCAAUAAAGAAACAUUAUCGAAAAUGAAGAAGAAUGCCAUUUUCAUAAAUACAAGCAGAGGUGGCCUUGUGAACCAAGAUGAUUUGUAUGAGGCGUUGAAAGAGGGUCGAAUUCGAGCCGCUGGAAUCGACGUAACCGAUCCUGAGCCUAUGCCCACGAAUCAUCCUUUGCUAACACUACCGAACUGCGUUGUUCUACCACAUAUUGGUUCCGCCACAAUGGCAACACGUCAGCGUAUGAUGGAACUUGCCGAGGAAGCCAUUCUGCAUACGUUCAACAAAAUACAAAUACCGGAUUCAAUACGAGUCGUAUGA